AUGAAGGCCGGAGAUCUUGAUUUGAUGAGUUCUUGGCUGAGUGAGGGUGAUGAUGGUCUUGGUUUUGGUAAAGUGUGCAGUUGGUUUUCCCAGUUGAAGGCUGAAGUUGCUUGUGUUCGAGUGUGCCAAGACCACUCUUGGAAAAUUCGCCAACUUCUUGCGGAACAUCUUGAAUCCGGGUAUCUCUUCAGGAACGAGGAUCGAACGGUGUACGAAAGCACAUCGCUGCUCAAUACCCAAGCUCAGAGCGACGGGCUUCUCGGGACCGAGGAUGCGGACGAUGUCGAGGAGCGUGAUGAGUGA